UGUUAAUUCUUUGAGUCUGACUAUGUCCAUGGAUCAUUAGGGUCGUUAUAGCAACCACCCUAAAUGUCCAAACUAUUCAUGACCAACAAAUCGUAGCCGAUUAACCUACAGUAGCUUAACACCCCAGAUUAUUAUUGAACGUUUGGCUAGCCUUGUCUGCAAACAAGUCCUUUCAAUAUGGGGCUAGCCUAUUGUUAAGAAUUACAAACUUUUUUCCAUUCUUUUGUGCAGUUUCUGAUAUUUUAGCAUAAUGAUUAACUCACUAACCUUCGGUAGGCUGUAAAACACAGGCAUAGCCUACUGUACAUCCACAGGCUAGGCUAUUUAAUUCGUUUAACGUAGCCUAUGCACGUAUGAGAGCCGACGGAAUUUUGAUACAGGGCUGCAUUGGGGUUGGCUGGGGUGGAGUAGCUGGUUGGCUAGGCUCUAGCCUGUUGACAUCGGCGGAGGACGAUUUCACAGUGUGAUACAAUCUUCGGAAUGACUAAGAUUAUCAUCUUUUCCCAAACAGGCUGGAUGGGAGGCCAAAUAUAGGCUAGUGUAGCCUAUUCUUUACAUGUAUUUAUGUUGAAAAGAAUAAUACAGGUUAGACCUAAUUUACAAAACCAAAAUCCAUGUAGGCUAUUGUUUAUAAUGAAAUCAUCUUGUUUUCAUUGAUAAACAAACACCUCAUACUACGUCACAGAAUGGCAUCUUGACACAUCAUGACCAAACUGAUGUGACCUCCCGUCCCGUCAGCGCGAAUAAUAACGGUUCACGCUUCACGGUCAAAGAGCCUAUUCUUUGCGCCCUUGUGGCGGAGUUAAAGGGAACACGCGCUCCCGCGUCGGCUUCAGACAUCCAUUCCCGGAGAAAUGCGUCCGUUCAUGCGCGCGGAGUCGAGCGACGGUUUAGGACAGCUAUGGCAAUAUCUGCAGAGAUCCGGCAUGCACGAAAUGCUCCGAAGGAAUUUGAGGAAAACUGAGGAAUUUAGUGUCAGAUAUUAGCAUAACGAUGGAACAUUUUGUGGGAAUUUAAAUAUUAAUAGAGGAAACGAACGGAGCCGCUCUGCCGGGGUGCCAAUGAGGAAGGGAAGAAAUAAGCAGCGAGAUCCCGGUAUCAGCCAGAGGCGCAUCUCGUGAAGCGGUUAAAUGCCCUCGCGUGAAGAGCCGUUGCCGCGAAAAAGGAACACAUGUCGUUCUUGGACUGCUCCUGCAUCUCCUCCCACUCUCAGGUCCAGCCAAUCAGCAUAGAGGACCAGUAUGAGGACGUCAGUCAACAAUGCCUGGGCAGUGAUGUUCCGGUGUGUUCCGUGUCUGGUAGUGCAGAUGACCUCUCAUCACUCUCUUCUGACCCCUCCCACUACCAUUUACUGUCAGAGCUAGGAAAGGGGUUCAGUAACCUGAGCUGUGUGAGUAUGGCGCGUCACAAACCUACCGGCCGUCUGGUUGCUGUGAAGACCACCAACCUGGACGAGUGCACAGAGGAGGAGCUACUGCACCUGAUGAAUGAGGUUCUGUUGUCUCGUCUCUUCCGUCACCCCAACCUGCUGACGUCUCGCCUGGUCUUCAGCUCCAACUCUCAGCUCUGGGUCCUGUCCCCCCUCAUGGACUACGGUUCAGCUGACUCCCUGCUCCGGUCCUUCUUCCCCGACGGGAUGAGUGAGUCUCUGAUCGCCUACCUUCUCUACGGCGUGCUGAGAGCGCUCGAGUACCUGCACCACAUGGGCUACGUGCACAGGGGCGUGAAGGCGAGUCAUAUCCUGUUGUCUGGUGAUGGUCGUGUGUGUCUGUCUGGACUUCAGAGUGUGUACAGCAUGAUGCGGGAGGGCAAGCGUGUGAAGGCCGUGUUCGACAUGCCCCAAUACAGCCCCGCGCUCCUGCCCUGGCUGAGCCCAGAGUUACUACGGCAGGAUCUCCACGGUUACGGGGUGAAGACGGACAUCUACAGUCUGGGCAUCGUGGCCUGUGAGCUGGUCAGUGGCAGAGUGCCCUUUCAGGACAUGCCACCCACGCUGAUGCUGCUCCAGAAGCUGAGGGGUGUUCACUGCUGCCUGCUGGACGUGCCCCUGGGGGAGCUGGGGGGGCUGAAGGUGUCGCGCUCGGGGGUGGACUCGGGGAUCGGGGAGAGCGUCACCACCGGCGGCAGUCUGACACGGACCACCACCACCACCACCACCACCACCACCGCAGAGAGACCGCAGAGCCCCGGACCCAAGAACCACUCCGCCACCCUCCACAACCUGGUGCAGCUCUGUCUGCAGCAGCAACCGGAACACAGACCCUCAGCUUCUGUUCUCCUUGGCCACGCCUUCUUCAAGCAGGUGAAGAGGCACACCAGGGACUCCUUCCUCAGUCUGAUGUACCCAGCGUUGCCCCUCUCCAGCCCCCCCGACACCCCCCCCUCCUGCCCCACCACCCCAUCCUCUCACACCCCCUCCCCCACCGAGGAGCAGACCCCCCCCGAUGGGCUGUGGGACUUCUCUUAGCCUCGCCCCUCUAGUCCCGCCCCUCUAGCCACG